AUAUUCAAGAAAACUUGGUCAGCGGGCCAGUUAGUCGCAGCUUUUCCCAUCGAGUGGUCGGUAUCUGUCAACUAUAAUUUAAUAUUUCGCAAUCCAAUCAAUGGCCAUGAAAAGCUGGUCAUGAAUAUAUUUUCCGACUAAUCACUGGACAAGUUAAAAGCAACGGGCUGACUUUAAGAAGGAAUUUUAACAGCCCUGACAAUGGAUCAACAAGGGGCGGCACCACCUCCUGCUCCAGCACCAGUGGCAGCACCUGUUGCCCCCACCACAACACCUGCUGCGGUGGCUCCUGCAGCAGUAUCUCCGAAUGGAGUUGUUCCAGCUCCAGCGCCAGCAGCAGCUCCUGUGGCAGUCCCUGCUCCUGCAGCAGCAUUAGCUCCUGCGGCCGUCGCUGCUCCCGUCGUAGCCCCAACUCCUGCGCCAGCCUCUGCUCCUGUGACAGCCACUGCUCCUGUAAUAGCCUCUGUUCCUGUCGCAGCCCAAGUUCCUCCCCCAGUAGCAGUACCACCUGCAGCUACUGUUGCAGUUCCGGCUCCAACUUUAUCUCCUGCUCCAACAGCAGCCCCAGUAUUAACUCCUGUAACUGUUCCAGCUGCGACACCUGCUCCUGUUUCAGCCGGUGCUCCUGCCGUUCCCCCUAAGCCCGCACCAGCUCCUAUACCCGUUGCUGUAGCACCUGCCAUACCCAUUUCUACACAAAAUACAGUACCAGCUGCAGCAGAAGCUCCGGCGAUUACUCCUGCGCCAGUUACUCCGGCUCUUGUAACUCCUUCAGUAGCAUCCCCUGUGGCUGCUCCUGUGGCUUCUCCUGUCGCUGCUCCUGUAGUUACUCCUUUGGCCACUCCAAUGGUUACUCCAGUCGCUGAUCCAGCUGCCCCGUUGGUCGCUCCAGUAGCUGUUGCUGUGGCUGUUUCCGCGGCAGCUCCUGCAGUUAUCCCUGAACCGGCUCCAGUAGCUGCUCCAGUAGUUGCUCCAGUAGCUGCUCCAGUAGCUGCUCCAGUAGCCGCUCCAGUAGCUGCUCCAGUAGCUGCUCCAGUAGCCGCCCCAGUAGCUGCUUCAGUAGCUGCUCCAGUAGCCACUCCAGUAGCUGCUCCAGUAGCCGCUCCAGUAGCUGAUCCAGUAGCUGCUCCAGUAGCCGCUCCAGUAGCUGCUCCAGUAGCUGCUCCAGUAGCCGCUCCAGUAGCUGCUCCAGUAGCUGCCCCAGUGGCUGCUCCUGCAGCUGCUCCUGUAGCUGUCCCUGUGGCUGCUCCAGUUGCAGCUCCUGUGCCAGCACCAGUAGCUGUAGCCGUUGCUGAAUCUGCAGCUGCCCCUGAACUUGCUCCAGUAGUAACUUCAGUGGCUGCUCCUGCAGCUGCCCCUGUGGCCGCUCCAGUAGCUGCUCCAGUGGCAGCCCCCGUGUCAGCACCAGUAGUUCCAGCCGUUGCUGAACCGGCUCCAGUAGCAGCUCCAGUGGCUGCUCCUGCAGCUGUCCCUGUGGCCGCCCCUCUGGUCGCUCCAGAAGCUACUUCUGUGGCUGCUCCAGUAGCAGCUCCAGUGGCUGCUCCUGCAGCUGUUUCUAUGGCAGCUCCAGUGGCUGCUCCUGCAGCUAUCCCUGUGGCUGCCCCACUACCUGCCCCUGUGGCUGCUCCAGUUGCUGCUCCUGUGGCCGUUACUGUGCCUACUCCUGUGGCCACUCCAAUAGUUGUUCCUGUGGAUGCUCCUGUAGCUGCGCCUGUGGCCGUUACUGUGCCCGCACCUGUGGCUGCCCCUGCUGCCGCUCCAGUAGCUGCUACGGUAGGAGCCCCUGUGGCUUCUCCGGAGGCUGCUCCUUUGGAUACUCCCUUGGAUGUUCCCGAAGCUCCCCCAGUGUCGGAACCGAUUGCUCCAGCUGCUCCUACAGUGGAUGUUUCUUCAACUGCACCCGUUGCCACUGAAUCAGUACCUGCCCCUUUAGAGGCUCCCGUUGCCGCUUCUGAGCCUGCUCUUGCAACUGACUCGGAAUCUACUCACAUAGCUCCUGCAGAACAUGCCCUAGAAUCUGUUCCUGAGCUGAGCGUCGCUUCAGAGACCGUUCCAGUGGAAGCUCUUGUGACUGAUCCAGCAGCUGAGCCCAUUGUCUCUCCAAAUGUUGCUCCAAUUGAUAUAUCUGCAGUCCCUACAGUACCUGCGCCUGCUUCUGAGAUUUCACCAACGACUCCAGCCUCUGAAGAAAUCAUCUCUGCAGUGGAAACAAGUGUCCCGGCGUCGGAGUCUGCUAAGACCAUUGAGGCAUCAGUUGCAGUAGACGCGGCCCCAGACACUAAUGAUGUCCUAGUUGCUACAACAGAAGUGGCUGGCAUUAUCGAGGAAGCAAAACCUGAGCUGGAAAGUAUUCCGCAGCCAGAAGUCUCAUCUGACGCCAUUGCUCCUCCAGAAAUAACAGAAGUACCCACACCACAGCCAGAGAUUGCAGUUACUGAUGAUACAAGCGCUCCAGGUCCAGCUCCAGCAGAAGAUCCCGCCACCGUAAUGCCAGAACCUUUGGAAGUCCCAGCGCCAGAUUCCGUGCCAUCUGAAGAGCAGCAAGCCUCAGUAGGAGAACCUGAAGCAGUGGAAUCGGUGACAGAAGCUCAACCAGCCUCACUUCCCGCAACUGACGCAACUCCUGAUAUAGCUGCCGCACCUGAGCCCGUACAACAGGAAAAAAUAGCUGUCGAACCCGCUACUGCGACUUCUGAAGCAGUGACUGUUCCUGCUGAAGAAGCCCCAACAACAACACCUCAGUUGGACGCUUCUGCAUCUGAUACGGUAGCUCCUGUACCUGAGCCGGUAGAUACAGCACCUGAAUUUCAGCCAGUAGAACCUUCAGCUGAACCUGUCAUUGAACCUCAACCGCCUGUUCCUGAUCCAAGUCCAGAGCCCACAGAUGCUACUGCGGAAGUACCUUCAGAGGUGCCAGCAACGCUCCCCGAAACAUCUGAGACAACCCCAGACACCACUUCGGAGGCUGUAUCUGCUGUUGAAGAAGAAGCAGUUGCACAACCUGAAGUAACUCCCGAGGCUUCAGUAGGCAUACCAGAAGUUGCCAAAGAAGAAGAAAAUGUAGCUGAUAAAGUUGCAUCAGCUACUGAAGCCACUGCCGUUGAAUCCACGAAUGAAAAAAUCGAAGAAUCAGUCCCGGAACCAGCUUCUGAAGCAGGCGUUGUAGCCGCAGAUGAAAGUUCCUCUCCAGAUGCAAGCUGUGUGCCAGUGGCCAAAAUAACACCGCUCCUUAGAGAUCUCCAAACUACAGAUGUAUCUCUGUUGGCGAUUGCUGCCACACUGGAUGCCAUAGGAGAGAAGCUGAAGGACCAAAAAGCUCGCAAUCAGCAGGUAAUGGACAGGCUCUGUGAAAUCGAGAAGAUACUGGGGCCUCCAAAACAAAAUUAGAUUAUAAAAGGUUUCUGCUGACUUAAGCAAGUGUUAACAAAACAUAAUUAUAUUCAUAACUAAAAUAAACCUAAAAUAAAGAAUGCACUUUGUGGUAUUUCAUCAUCACCAAUUUUACAAAAUGGUA